AUUUUCGAAUGGAGUUCUCUUCGGUUCAGAAUUUAAGCUUACACAUUAUGCCAAUAGUUUUGUUAAUUAUAACUUGUGAGUAUGCGAUUUCAGUUAAUAUCUUCAGCGUUUCAGAGAUGCCGAUUGUCUGAGCAGAUUUGCAGACUCUCGGUGAUUCUCUCUCGAUCUUCGUCUUCCUCUCUUCGAGUCUCAAAAUUUUUGUGAGUAGUCUCUGAUACUGGAAAUGGAAGCUGCUUAGAGGAAUUUCAAGGUUUGAGGUUUUCUUCCAACGAUGAUGCUGACAACUGGGAUGGAAUGCUUUCUAUAAAAACCACGAGUAUUAGUGAUACUGAGAUACAUAACUACACGAUAAACUUGAAAGCAAGUGAUUCUUCCAAAAUAACUAGGCUAACUUCAAACACAAAAAAUGGUGCAAGAUUCAGUGGCAGUGAAGUAUGUCUUUCAUCUUUUGUUAGCAUUGAUCUCUUAGUGGCUGAGAUUCAUCAGUUUUUAGAGAAGAUGAUGAUUUUAAGUAUUCCUAACGUUGCAACUCAUUUGGUGGCAGAAGAUUGUGAUGUACCUGGAUCAAGAUAUGAAAAGGUGUUUCUUGCAAAUGAGGACAAGGAAUUACCAAUCUCAGCUUCAAAUCUUGAUCUUCUUAAGUCAGGCCUUGAACAUUAUGUACUAAGGCAUGGAAAUACCUUAAGUAACAAGUGCCACUAUUGCUUUCCAAAUUGGGAGCAGCUCAAAGUUGGGAGUGGAGUAGCUUGCAGCAUUGAAAACCAUCAGCAUAAUGAACUGGUGAUGGAGGCAGUCAUAAUAAUAAGUAACAUGCCAGUAGACAACACUGAGUGCUUCAGGAAGUAUGGUGAUAAAACAGAGGUUUUCUAUUUCAAGGACUUUUCCCCUGGUACAGUCUCUAAGUCACUUAUGAAGACAUUGAAAGGCAUUGACUGGAAAAGCUAUGGUUUGAAACUAGGGGGGAUAGUGCAGCAAGAUCGUCUUGCUUUACUAGAAUGGGAAAACUUGACUAGAGAUACUCACGUUGAUAUUGUGCUUCACUCGUACAAUAAACAGACUGUGAUACCGGGCCCAAGAAAGAUUACUCAUACUGAGAGAAAUCUUGUUAAAAGAGCUGUUAAACUUUCCCUCGAUGACUUGAAGGAGAAGCAUGCAGGAGUUCUUUUAAGUUCACAUGCAGUUCAGGUUCGAAGUUAUGCCCCGGAUCUUGCAAAAACAAUUGCUGGGCUGAUCUUGUCUUCCAGUGACUUAAAUUUCCAGGAAGAAUGCUUUUCUCUGCUUGGAUUACAGUCACAAGUAGUUGGAACUGAAAAUAUGGAGAAUUGUAUUAGAGAGAGGAUAGUUUCAGUUAUAGAGAUGAACGACAAGAAGCCCCACAAAAACAAAGUUGCACCCUCCCUUUUUGUGGAUGAUCGUGCCCAGGAAUUGGAGUUUGAAGAAAACGACAUGGAAGAAGGUGAAGAUGAUUUGGACUUGCAAUUGUUCUGAGGUUGUAAAAUAGAACUGUGUACCAGAAGUUUCAUCAACGGGACAAUUAGAGUACGGUUUUUCUAUUUUUCGAUUGAAUAGAAGAUAAAACAGAAGGUACUGCUGAACACAAAUUCAUAACAGAUUUAAUAUACAUGUUGAAAAGCUUAAAACGAAGAUAGAAUCUUCGAAUAAAUUGAUUCACUCCUUUAA